CUUGAGCAACCAUUGUAGGCGGCGCACGCCAAUCAUUACAGAAAUAUUUGCACGGAGAGUGGUACCCCUCCUAGAAGGGACAAGCUGUGGCGUCUUGCGGCAAAAGGGAAUCCAGAAGAAUAAUUCGUUUUAAACAUGUAUGGUUUUGUCAAUCACGCCUUGGAACUUCUGGUACUCAGAAAUUAUGGGCCUGAAGUCUGGGAAGACAUCAAGAAGGAGGCUCAGCUGGAUGUGGAGGGCCAGUUCCUCGUCAGAAUCAUAUACGAGGAUGCUAAAACGUAUGACCUUGUCGCAGCUGCCAGUAAAGUGCUAAAGAUCGAUGCGGGUGACAUCCUGCAAAUGUUUGGGAAAAUGUUCUUUGAGUUCUGCCAGGAAUCCGGCUAUGAUACCAUCCUGCGGGUGCUUGGAUCCAAUGUUCGAGAGUUCCUGCAAAACCUAGACGCUCUGCAUGACCACCUGGGCACCAUUUACCCCGGCAUGCGGGCACCAUCUUUCAGAUGCACGGACGCUGAGAAGGGCAACAACCUCAUCCUGCACUACUACUCUGAGCGAGAGGGCCUGCAAGACAUCGUAAUCGGAAUCAUCAAAACUGUGGCACAGCAGAUCCAUGGGACCGAAAUAGAAAUGAAGGUCAUUCAGCACAAGAGUGAAGAGUGCGAUCACAUCAAGUUUCUCAUCGAGGAGAAGGACUCGGAGGAGGAGGCGUUUUACGAGGACCUGGACGGGUUCGAGGAGAACGGGACCCAGGAGACCAGGAUCAGCCCUUACACCUUCUGCAAGGCCUUCCCCUUUCACCUGAUGUUCGACCGUGACCUGGUGCUCACACAGUGCGGGAACGCCAUCUUCCGUGUUCUGCCCCAGCUUCAGCCUGGGGCCUGCAGUUUGCCCUCGGUGUUCUCUCUGGUGCGCCCCCACAUCGAUUUUAGCUUCCACGGAAUCCUCUCGCACAUCAACACUGUCUUUGUGCUUAGGAGCAAGGAGGGCCUCCUGAAUGUGGAAACGCUGGAGAGCGAGGACGAGCUGACGGGGGCCGAGAUCAGCUGCCUGAGGCUGAAGGGUCAGAUGAUCUACCUGCCCGAGGCCGAGAACGUCCUGUUCCUCUGCUCCCCCAGUGUGAUGAACCUGGACGACCUGACUCGGCGAGGGCUGUACCUGAGCGACAUCCCGCUGCACGACGCCACGCGGGACCUGGUGCUGCUGGGAGAGCAGUUUCGCGAGGAGUACAAGCUGACGCAGGAGCUGGAGAUCCUCACCGACCGGCUGCAGCACACGCUGCGCGCCCUGGAAGAUGAGAAGAAGAAGACAGACAGGUUGCUGUACUCCGUUCUUCCGCCGUCCGUCGCUAACGAGCUGCGGCACAAGCGACCGGUCCCGGCUAAGCGCUAUGACAACGUGACCAUCCUCUUCAGCGGAAUCGUUGGCUUCAACGCCUUCUGCAGCAAGCACGCCUCUGCCGAGGGCGCCAUAAAGAUCGUCAACCUGCUCAACGACGUGUACACCAGGUUCGACAUCCUGACCGACACCCGCAGGAACCCCUAUGUGUACAAGGUGGAGACGGUUGGGGACAAGUACAUGACGGUCAGCGGCCUCCCAGAGCCUUGCACCCACCAUGCCCAGUCCAUCUGCCACCUGGCUCUAGACAUGAUGGAGAUAGCCGGCCAGGUCAAAGUGGACGAGGAGCCAGUACAGAUAACCAUUGGGAUCCACACUGGAGAGGUUGUCACAGGGGUCAUAGGUCAGAGGAUGCCUCGCUACUGCCUGUUUGGAAACACAGUAAACCUGACGAGUCGGACAGAAACCACAGGAGAAAAGGGAAGGAUUAACAUGUCUGAAUACACGUACAGGUGUUUGCAAUCAGCUGAAAAUGCAGACCCACAGUUCCACCUGGAAUACCGGGGGCCUGUCGCAAUGAAGGGCAAAAAGGAGCCAAUGAAAGUGUGGUUUCUGUCGAGGAAAAUGGCGGAAGGUGACAUGUGACCAGUAGUGUCCGAACUGUGAAUGUUCAUUUGAAGCUGUUCUCCAUUCAUGGGCUCUGCAGCACUUGUUAGUAGCAUUUACUUUAUGGUAAAUAUGCAAGACAACACACAUUCUAUUAGUAAAUAUUUAAAAAUCACCCCUUUAAAGGGACUACUUUCACCGUGUAUAUAUAUAUAUACACACACAUAUACACACACAGUGAGCAGCAUAAUGUUUUGGACAAAGCCCUAUUUUUUUCUUGAUUUAGCUCUGUACUCCAUAAUUUUAGAUUUGUAAUCAAACAAUUCAUAUGGUUAAAGUGCAUAUUCUCAGAUUGUAUUAAAGGAUAUUUUAAUACUAUUUGGUUUCAUGUAGAAAUCACUGCACUUUUUAUAUAGCCCAUCCCUUCAUGUCAGGGUGCCAUAAUGUUUGGGACAAAUGGCUUUAGUUCUUUACUGCAAGUAUAAGAGAGCUUUCAGUUUCUAGUUUUGAUUGCCUUUGGAGUUUUGAUUGGCAUCUGUCAGCAUAAGGACCAGAGUUGCGCCAAUGAAAGUCAAGUUGUCAGAGACAUAGGUCAAACCUUAGGUUUACCAAAAUCGAUCAUUUGGAGCAUCAAUAAGAAGAAGCUCAGUAAUCGCAAAGGGCCAAUCAAGAAAAAAAUAUGGCUUUGUCCCAAACAUUGUGGCAUUCACUGUAUAUGCACUCACACACAUAUUUAUAUAUAAGUGGUUUUAUAUAAGAGCUGCCACUAAGAUAUUAAAUGGCUUGUACUGUAUGUAUAAAUGAAUUAGCCACCUAAAAUAUUAGAAAUAAUGUAACAUAUUUUAUAAGUAUGGCAGUAUAUUGACAGUGUCAAAUUUAAAUUUGUAUGUACUGUUUUUUGUUGUGUAUAAAUCCAUAUUUAUGAACCACUACUUCUCACCUGAUGGACAAUCGAUUCACGCAUAGCACACCAUGUCUGCAAGUACACUAUGAAAAUGGAGGUUGUAUUGUUGUGAAACAUAAGCAAAGUACUAUAUGAAAUAUAAUUAUAAAUUACAUUUUAUAAACCUCAAAACAUUAAAAAAACUUUCAUGCUA